AAUCCCUGGAGCUGGAACGCGGGCUGGACCGCCGACGCCAUCCUGGACAAGCUGCAGCGCGUGGGCAGCAGCCUGAUGGGCACGGCGACAGCAACCUCCGACAGUGGCUCUUCUGGCAAAGUCUUGAACUUCUUCCCGGUCCCCGUGAGCGACGAGUGUCUGUCCAAUGACGGCAGGAGGACCGGGAUCUGUCUCAACACCUACGAGUGCCGGAUCCAGAACGGCAAGUCCUACGGGCCCUGUGCGCUCGGCUUCGGCGUGUGCUGCGUCUUCACCGCGUCGUGCGGCGACGUCGUCGAAAACAACGUCACCUACUUCGUGAGCCCCAACUUCCCCGCCAUCACGAGAGAGGCCAGUUCCUGCGAGCUGGAGGUGAAGAAGAUGGGGCCCGAGGUGUCGCAGCUCCGCCUGGACUUCGUCCACUUCAACAUGGGCCAGCCCAACCGGCGCACGGGGGUCUGCGAGUCGGACACGUUCGUCAUCGCCGCGGGCACCAACAGGGAGUUCAGCGUCUGCGGCCAGAACAGCGGCCAGCACAUUUACUUCGACGUGGAGGACAUGGACGAGCCCAUCACCAUCCUGAUGAACAUGUCGAGGGAGCACACGGCCAGGUUGUGGGAGAUCAAGGUGACGCAGAUCGAGUUCCAGCAGCGGGUGCCCUCCGGGUGCCUGCAGUAUCACCGCGACGGCAAAGGCGUCAUCCAGACGAUGAACUUCGCAGAGAACGGCCGACACCUCGCCAACCAGGACUACACCAUCUGCAUGCGACAGGAAGAGGACAUGUGCUCCAUCGUGUACGAACCCUGUGACGAAAAUUCAUUCAAAAUCGGCCCGGCCGUCUCGCAGCAGCAGCUCGACGACGAAGUUGGCGGCUCUGGUUUUGGCAUCGUAGGCGAGGCUCGAGAACAAUGUAACGAUAAAAUCGUGAUGCCAUGUGACUCUGAAGAAUUUUUAGCCGCGGAGGGCUUCGGUUCCACAGGACUGUGUGAC